UAGAACUAUCAAUGUCAAACUGUCAUCCAACCUGAUCGUGAUUUGUUUGUGUCACAAGCCUUGAUGAAAAAUUUCUUAUCCACCAUUCUAUGAAAGGAAAAAACUUAUGUAGUCAUUUAGGUCCGCGUGGGCAAUAUAAUAUUGCCGAUAUAUACUUGUAGGAUAACAAAUUGUGUAUAAAUGAGACUGUGGGUGUGUUUGUUGCUGACUUGUGCGUCAGUGUGGGGGUUCCCGGAGAGACGAUCAAUCGACAAGCAGCCAGACUUGCCGCAGCUGGCUCAGCAGCUGCAAGGCAAGAAAGACAAUAGAGUAAGGGAAGCUCCGAGGGACUGUAAGGGGAAGUGUGCCUCGAGUAUAGCUCAGAAGGCAGCUGCUGAAGCGAAGGCAGCACAAGCGGCACAGAACGCCGCGGGAGCUCAGGCGGCUCACAUGGUUAAAACUCAAUUAGCGGAGAAGGCACUACAAGCAGCUAAGGCAGCCGAGGCAGCGCUCGCUGGCAAACAGGCUGUCGUGGAGCAACUACAACAGGAGGUGAAGGAGGCAGAGGCUGUUGUAGCUGAGAACACAGCUGCGGUACACCAACAACAAGGAACUGUAAACGCUGCUGUGCAAGCUGCACAGCAAGCCACUGCUCAGCAUAAACUUAUGGUACAAGCCACACAACUAGCGGCACAACUGGAAAAGUCAGCGCACUGCGUUUUAGAGAAGACGAAAUUCGGACUACAAGAGAAAUGUCAUAACCUAUCGGAAGCGAGAGCAAGACUAGCACACUUGCAACACAAGCUACAAUGCGCCUGCGCUGAGUGCGCGGCGACGAAGCAAGCCGCGCAUUGCGCGUGCGAGGCGGCGCGGGCGGCUUGCGGCAAUGCGCGGAGGAAGAAACACGUCAUGAACCAGAUUGCUGUGGCGCCAAAAGACAGCAAGCGAGGACGAUGAUCCAGAAAGUAAGGAAAGUAUGGUUAAGUGAUUGAAACAUCAGCUCGGGGUCGGAAAUUCGGUUUUGUGGCGGAGUGAAGAAAAAACAGUGGAUUUUAUCAUACGACUCAUCGUUGAAACUUAAGGAACGCAAGGCUUCAUGGACAGAUUUGGCAUAUUAAGUUUGAAAGUUCAGUCAAUUUAUCAGAUAUGGGUUUCGAAUUGGAAAUACUGUUACUCUGCUGCAGUGUUUUUUCUGCACCAUUAAAAGAAUUUCCGACAAAUAUCAGAUCUUCAAGUCCGCCACUGAUUCUGCGACAUGAAAUGAGUUUGAUAUCAGUUCCAUCGUUAUUGUCUUAAGAAACUUGUUUAAAUGCACUAGCUGUCUAUUUUAGCGGUUUAGCAACUGUAGUAAUGUCUCCGCCUGUAUUAGUUCUUUCUUGACCUUGUAUUGUGCAGUUUUUUUGAAUAAUUUUACUUUUGAUGUCAACCAACUGUAGGAAAUGCCACACUUCCUGGAAAUUCCUCAUCAGUUAUGAUUUCUUGAUCAUUGUGCCUUUCUAUAGAUAUUGCGACAAAAUUUUCACAAUCAUGCCCAAAAUUAUAUUUUACCUUUACAUCUAUUUACUAUAGUUUCCAGUCUAAACAGUCUCAGUAGUGUCCGUUCGUAGGUUAAUUUUGUAUAAGCUAGGUAAUUCACAGUUGGGUACUUACCAAAUAACCACACAGGACAUGAAGUUUAUAUUUUAGUUUUGACUUUUAGUGUUCACAGGCUUCUCAAAAUGGAUAACAAUAGCAGCUUUUGCAUUUCAUUUUUAAAGGAAUGUAAAUAUACUCUUACCGGACUUUUUAUUUUCGAGAAUGCGUGGAUUACGACGAAUUUACGAUAAUUUUGAUUAGCUCGAUUUACUGUAGUUUUAUAAUAUUGUGUGUUAAGACGUUCGACGUAUAAGCUUUUGAUAUGAUGGAUUUCGUUUAAGCUUCUGUUAAUAUAGUAUGGAUCAUGAUAA